AAAAAUAAAAAUAAAAAAAAUAAAAGGCUUUGCUCCAGUGAAUACCAGUGAUUGUGGCUGGCACUUGGCCCUGGGAUCAGAGCCUGUGCCUGGUGAUCUCAGACCUUGGUCUUCCCUGCCGGUGGCCCUGCCUGGACACCACCCCCUCGGACCCUCUCUGCAGUGGCCUGCCAGUGAGCCCUCAAGACUUAGCCACUCCCCUCACCCUCCCCACUAACAAACAGCUGCCUUGCCUACCCCCACUGUCCUUUGGCACUUUCCAGUCCUCCGGAAUCUGCAGCAGCUACACCAUGCGGUCCCAGGGCUUUGCACUCACCUUCCUCAUUGUUCCACUGUUGGUGUGCGGGGACUCAAACGACACCUGGUGCUAUGACUCCCAGGACCCGAAGUGCGGCCCCACCCACUGGAAGGAGAUGGCCCCUGCCUGUGGGGGCCCAGCCCAGUCCCCCAUCAACAUUGACCUUCACUUAGUCCAGCGGGACCCCACCCUGGGACCUUUCAUCUUCCAAGGCUACAACUCAGCACCUCCAGGCCCAUGGACCCUGGAGAAUAAUGGCCAUACAGUGGUGCUCCACGUGGACGCUGGCCCGCAGAGCCUCCUGGAGAUUCGGGGUGCUGGGCUGCCCCUGCCUGCCUACCGCACACUGCAGCUGCACUUCCACUGGGGGGGCCCUGGGCAAGCAGGCUCAGAGCACAGCCUGGAUGGGCAGCGCCGCCCCAUGGAGAUGCAUGUGGUCCAUAUGAACACGAGGUACCAGAGCCUGGGGGAGGCGCGAAGUCACCCUGACGGGCUGGCCGUGCUGGCGGUGCACUUGGAGUCCCCUCCCCAGGAGCAGGACACUGACAAUGCCAACUUUUCUGCCCUUGUGUUGGGCCUGAAGAACGUGUCUCAGCGCGGGGCCUCGGUGAAUCUGACAUCCACCUUCCCACUGGCCUCACUGCUGCCGGGUGCCUCCGGCCUCUUGCGCUACUACCGCUACGCAGGGUCACUGACCACACCUGGCUGCCAACCCGCGGUUGUCUGGACAGUCUUCGAGGACCCAGUCCCCAUCGGGCGCAUGCAGGUGGCCCAGUUCCAGACUGUGCCCCAGGCCGGGCUCCCUGGCUCAAGCCCCACACCGCUCACGGAGAAUUUCCGCCCCCAGCAGCCUCUAGGGGGGCGCAAGGUAUCGGCCUCUUUCUGUGCCUCCAUCCGCGCGGCAGCCUCGGUCCCCACCCCGUUCCUAGCCCGUGUGCAUGGGGCUCUGCUGAGCCUGGGCCUCAACUUGUGGCUCCUGCAGGACCCCUAGGAGCCAGAUUCAACCCCUUCCCACAAUAAAUGAUG